AUGAAGGUCUUUGACGGUGGGGCAAUGAAGAUAGAGUUUUUCUCAUUGGCCCUUAACGAGGUAAAAUCUCGAUUGUUUGAAGGUGCUGAGCCAAAUAUGGUACCAAUCAAAGAUGUAAUGAAAGGUAUGUUUCAGCUUGCUGGUGUAAUUGUAAGCCAUGCAUUAUUCCAAAGAAGUUCAAUUGGCUUUGCAUUUCUGGCACCACAUAUUUACUCCUAUAUAGUACGAGAAGAAAAGGAUGAAACCAUAUCCAAAAUUACAAUGGAGCACAUUCCACUGGAUUCCUCAACCACAUUAUGGCAUGAAUUCAUAAACUGUCUUGAACAUGGAAAAACGAUUAUGAUAUCCAUCAGAUUAUAAAUUCGACACGAGGGAUGAAAGAGAAGGUAAUCAGUAUGAGUAGUAAAGAUUUCCUUUUAGAGCAUCUUGUGUCGCAUGAAUUGCUUGUCUCAAGGAAGAACGAAAUACAGGAAUUUUCAGAGGGAUUAAAAUCCCUCAGCCUCCUUAAGCUUCUUCAAAAGAAUAAACAGAUUUGCACAAUUUUAUUUUAAACUUGAUAAAGAGAAGACUCUAUUUACUAAAGAUUGUCGGGUUAAAUUGCUCACUUCUGCUGCUCUCUUGCUUGGCACCAGUUGGUUGAAUGCAUCCAGAAAAACUCGUCUUAUAUGGCUGCUCAACAGAAAUAAUUCUGAUUUUUUCCUUUAUUGUUAAUAAAAGUUCACUAGUGUUCAGAGAUUUAUCGUUGAGUCGGGUCGUUUUGCAUGUGGCUGCAGUUAAUCAUUUUGGUGCCAACUGUAUUUAUUUAACUAGUUGUCUUGUUUGUCUGUGUGUUUCUUCUUUCAAAAAAAUUUUUUUAUAUAAUUUAAUAUUGUAAAGUUUUAGCAAAAGCUCCCUAGAUAAGUUCCUACGCUUUUGGAGCAAUUGCAUUUAAUUUGAUUAAUAAAAUACUGUUUAUAAAAAAAAAAGAUUGUCAGGUCAUUUUGGCCCUGGAAGAAAAAGUUAUUUCAAAUGGCAGAGAUUCAUUAUACAUAGUUGUCCGAAGAAAAGCACAGUUGGAAAGAAAGCUAAAUCUUUGGCAGAGGGCAACCAACAAAGUAUCACCAGAACACAUCCUUCAUGUAAAGUUCAUCGGCGAAGAUGGUAUUGACACAGGAGCUUUGGCAAAGGAGUUCCUAACAGAGACUAUCUCAGAUAUUACCAAUAAGUUUUUUCCUGACGGAAGCCCCAGCCACUCAAGUAAUGAUAUUCAAAGUGGCAACUUUAGGGCUUGUGGCAAAUCGGUUGCUGCAAGCUUGAGCUUGCAAGCAAGGUGGACCACCUCCAUGCUUUCUCGAUGGCAAAGUGUACAAAACAUUCGUCACAGAUGA